AUGAAGAGUUGGGAAGGCCUGGCCGAGAUGUUUGUAGCUAGGUUUGUUACUGACAAGUCACAGCCACUGAGGGUAGAUUCCCUAUUGGCUCUAAAGAUUAGUGAUAACAAAGGCCUCAAGGCUUACACCAAGAGAUACUAUGAGGUCUACAACAAAAUUCUAGCUUGUAACAAGGAGCUAGUAGUCGUGUCUUUCAAGAAUGGCCUGGAUGAUAAAUGCUCACUUCCAAAAUCACUUGCAAAAACCUUUUCGAAGAGCAUGGAAGAGCUCAUAGCACGGAUUGAGACAUAUGUCAGAGCAGAGGAAGACACACAAGGAGCAAGGACGCUGAAACAAGAAAGGAGAAACAGCUCGCUGAAGCGAGGCCGAGGGAAUGCCAGUGUUGACAGGCAGGAAAUAGGAGCAAGGGCUAUGCAAGCGGUCAGCACGGUAUUCAAGAUCUCGAUCUAUAAAGUUUUGGGAAGGAUUAGGAACCAGCCGUACUACAGAGCACCGGAGAAGGUCCCUGGUGAGUUUAUGGGUAGGAGCACUAGGAAGCAUUGUACCUACCAUAAUGAGGAUGGGCACCUAACUCAGGGAUGUAGGGCUCUGAAGUCACACUUAGAGGAUCUGGUUAGACAAUGUCACUUGAAAAACCUAGUAGACAAGGCGAAGACAAGGGAAGAGCACAUGAAGCUGCCCCAUGCACCAGCAGCACCACCUCUCCCACUACCACCACAGCAGGCAGAAGGACCUCGAGUAAUCAAUGUGAUUCACUUGAAGGUCAAUGAGAAUGAAGUUCGAGGGGAGACCCAGAGAGUACGGCACCUACAACAUGUAUAUCAGAUCCAACAAAAGAAACCCAGAACAAGUGAAUAUCAGGGACCGAUGAUUUCUUUCACUGAGGCCGACUUGGAUAUAGUGCAGCACCCGCACAAUGAUGCCCAGGUGGUAACCUUGAAGAUUGGAGAUUGCCAGAUGUAUGUCAGAUGUUACAAGGAGCUCGGCCUCCACCCGGAUGAUUUAGAGCAAUCUAACAGCCCUAUGGUCGGAUUCAACGAAAGCCACAAAUUUGGAGGUGCAGGCAGGGAGCAAAAAGGUAACAAUGAAGUUCACUGUGAUAGAUACUCUCUCCCCAUACAAUAUCAUUUUGGGAUGACCUUAGUUACAUGCUAUAAGGGUUGUUCCCUCAACGCUACACCAACUGUUGCGAUUCCUAAUAGAACAGGGGAUUGA